AUGCAGCCUGCAGCCAUUCGCUUGAACAAGAUGAGGAGAGACAGGCUGAGAAUUUGGAAGAUAUCUGAGGACAACUGGAUGCCGGACAUCAGUGGGAGGUUUGUCUUAGACAUAAGAUGGAAGGCACCAUUGCGUGAUCGAGUCAUUCCAGGUGUGGGCUUCUGGAUCCGGUGGCAGAAUGGGUCUCAAGAGCGGAUAAUUCCAGAAUAUCCCUAUUUUUGUAAUCCUUUUGUCCUUAGGACUUUAUCUACCAGUGAUGAUGUUGAGGACCGAGAGACUGAGAAAGGCCGCCUGGAAGAAGCUUAUGAGAAAUGUGACCGGGAUUUGGAUGAACUCAUUGUCCAGCAUUACACCGAGCUCACCACUGCGAUCCGCACAUACCAGAGCAUCACAGAGCGCAUCACCAACUCGCGCAAUAAGAUCAAACAGGUGAAGGAGAAUCUGCUAUCAUGCAAGAUGCUGCUGCAUUGCAAGCGGGAUGAGUUGCGCAAGCUGUGGAUUGAAGGGAUUGAGCACAAACAUGUCCUGAAUUUGCUGGAUGAGAUAGAGAACAUCAAGCAAGUGCCUCAGAAGCUGGAACAGUGCAUGGCCAGCAAGCACUACCUCAACGCAACAGACAUGCUGGUGUCAGCGGUGGACUCCUUGGAGGGUCCCCUUCUUCAGGUGGAGGGAUUGAGUGAUCUGAGACUGGAGCUCCACAGUAAGAAGAUGAACAUGCACUUAGUCCUGAUAGAUGAAUUACACCGUCAUCUUUACAUCAAAUCAACUAACCGAGUAGGACAACGCAACAAGGAGAAAGGGAGAAUAAGUUCACUUGUGAAAGAUGCCUCUCCUGUACCUCUUAUGGAUGUUACUAACUUGUCUACACCUCGAAAGUUCCUCGAAACUUCCCAGUUCAGUACUCCUGGAAGCUCCAGCAUGCGAGAAACAAGCCUUCUGGAAAUUAAAGAAGAUACGGAACUGGAUCCAGAGGAGAACAGCACUGUCUUCAUGGGCAUACUCAUCAAAGGGUUGGCCAAGCUGAAAAAAAUCCCUGAAACAGUGAAAGCCAUCCAGGAUCGCUUAGAACAAGAACUCAAGCAGAUUGUUAAGCGGUCCACAACCCAGGUGGCAGACAAUGGUUACCAGAGAGGGGAGAAUCUGUCCCAGGAAAAUCAGCCUAGGUUGCUGCUGGAGCUGCUAGAGCUUCUUUUUGACAAAUUCAACGCUGUGGCUGCUGCGCACUCUGUCGUCCUUGGACACCUUCAGCAAACAGUGGCCUCUCCUUGCAGCCAGUAUGAUGGUGAUAUCAAGCUCUAUGACAUGGUUGACGUGUGGGUGAAGAUCCAAGAUGUCUUGCAGAUGCUGCUGACAGAGUAUCUGGAUAUGAAGAACACUCGCACUGCCUCGGAGCCGUCCACCCAGCUUAGCUACGCCAGCUCUGGGAGAGAAUUUGCAGCGUUCUUUGCAAAGAAAAAACCGCAAAGACCUAAAAAUCCCUUGUUCAAGUUUGAGUCCUCCUCCCAUGCUAUUAGCAUGAGUGCCUAUUUGCGUGAGCAGAGAAGGGAACUGUACAGCAGAAGCGGAGAACUUCAAGGAGGACCAGAUGAUAACUUAAUUGAAGGUGGCGGAUCCAAGUUUGUCUGCAAACCAGGAGCCAGAAACAUCACUAUCAUCUUUCAUCCCCUCCUCAGAUUUAUCCAGGAGAUAGAGCACGCCAUGGAGCUUGGCCCAACCAAGCAGUGUCCGCUCCGCGAGUUCCUCACCAUGUACAUCAAGAACAUCUUCCUCAGUCAGGUCCUGGCUGAGAUCAAUAAAGAGAUCGAAGGCGUCACAAAGGCAUCUGAUCCCCUGAAAAUACUGGCUAAUGCGGAUACCAUGAAGAUCCUAGGUGUGCAGCGGCCCCUUCUGCAGAGCACGGUGAUUGUGGAGAAGACCGUUCAAGACCUGAUGAACCUGAUGCACGACUUGAGCGCCUAUUCGGAUCAGUUCCUCAACAUGGUGUGUGUGAAACUCCAGGAGUACAAGGACACCUGCGCCCUUGCCUACAGGAGCAUCGUGCAGUCAGAUGAAAAGCUGGUGAUCAGCGCGUCCUGGGCUAAAGACGACGACAUUAGCAGGCUCCUGAAAUCUCUGCCCAACUGGAGCAACAUGGCUCAGCCCAAGCAACUGAGACCCAAGAGAGAGGAGGAGGAAGACUUUAUAAGGGCUGCUUUCGGCAAAGAGUCAGAAGUUCUCAUUGGCAACCUGGGAGAUAAACUCAUCCCUCAACAGGAGAUCCUGAGGGACGUCAGCGACCUGAAGGCCUUGGCCAACAUGCACGAGAGCCUGGAGUGGUUAGCAGGUCGCACCAAGGCAGCCUUCUCCAACCUCUCAUCCACCCAGACCAUGUCUCCUGGCCAGGACAGCCAUGCCAGUAUGGAACACCUUCCUGCAUCCGAACAGAUCCUGCAAACCCUGAGUGAGCUGGCCAGGUCUUUUCAAGAGAUGGCUGACCGCUGCCUGCUGGUUCUGCAUUUGGAAGUCAGAGUUCAUUGCUUCCACUACCUCAUCCCACUGGCUAAACAAGGGAACUACGCCAUCGUCGCCAACGUGGAGAGUAUGGACUACGACCCUCUCGUUGUCCGGCUCAACAAGGACAUCAGUGCUAUCGAGGAAGCCAUGAGCGCCAGCCUGCAGCAGCACAAGUUCCAGUAUAUCUUCGAAGGUUUGGGCCACCUUAUUUCCUGCAUUCUUAUCAACGGCGCCCACUACUUCAAGCGCAUCAGUGAAUCUGGCAUCAAGAAAAUGUGUAGGAACAUCUUCAUCCUCCAGCAAAACCUGACGAACAUCACCAUGUCACGUGAGGCUGACCUGGACUUUGCAAGGCAGUAUUAUGAGAUGCUCUAUAACACAGCAGACGAGCUUUUAAACCUCGUGGUGGAUCAAGGGGUGAAGUACACAGAGCUGGAAUACAUCUACGCCCUGAACUUACUGCACCGGAGCCAGACAGGUGUGGGAGACCAAACCACCCAGAACAUGAGGUUGCAGCGGUUGAAGGAGAUCAUUUGUGAGCAGGCUGCUAUCAAACAGGCCACCAAGGACAAGAAAAUCACCACCGUGUAAUCUGCUCUGUCGCUCAUAUUCACUGAGCAGCGGGGGCUGUCAGAUUGCAGGUCCAAGCCUCUGCGUUUCUGUUAUAAUCAAAGGCAAAAGUGCGUAUCUUCUGGGUGGCAUUGUACUAGUGAGAAGGGAAAUGUCAUUUGGGAUUUGGGUUUGGGGUUGUUUCGGGGGUUUUGCUGUGUAAUCACAUAAUGCUUCCUUAAUGUGUUCUCCCAAGAGUGAUUGCACCGCAGGAACAGGCAUCCUGGUAGAGAUUUGGGUGGGAUAUUUGGCUUUGCUCUGUUGCUGCUGCUUUGCCUUGAGAUGUAAGGCAAGCUGCUAUCUGGCGGGGUGGGAAAAGAGAAGAUUUCACACUGGGUUAGGUCGGAGUCUUCAGUGGAAGUUCAGACCCCAGUAAAGUAAACAGCACCGUGACAAGUCAAGCACAGACCUCUUGGUCACAUGUGAGAUCUUGAUGGUUUUGAAGCCAUUCCAACAGCAUUGCUGUGUGGAGCCUGUUUCAGCUCUGCCAGUACUAUUCUCGAUGGCAGUUGUAGAUGUGUUAAGUUUUCUGCUGUUUCCACUGCAAAGAGAUCUAUUUGCUUAUUCCUUCGGAUAGCGAUAAGCCAAUUCUCGUAGUGGGAGGUAACAUGGGACCAUUUGUUUCCACUUCUACUUUUUCAUUAUCACAGAGCCAUAUGGCAUCGGUUUCUACAGCGCAUACUGCGCUGGAUGAUGGUGGAUGUAGGAGAAAAUUGCCAAUAUAAGGUAAUAGCAAAACUUAAUUCUCUUUUUCUGAAUAUAUCUUUUGAGUCUCCCCAGCUGAAAAGGUAUUUUGUAAUCAUCAUUUGAUGUACUGGAAGGGCACGCAGGCUUAUGUAGCUCAGCACUAAUCAUCAGCAAGGGCAGGAGGAGGGCAGACCCCAGCUCUGCAGUCUGAGGUGCACUCAGGUCACCAUUUCUGCCCUGCCUUGACCAUAUAAAGCCACCUGGUAAAAGGUUCCUUAUUUAUGGAGGCUGAGGAGUUUAUACCAUCCCUCCAAACCGAGAAUACACUGUGCUUGUAUUUGUCAAGUAAAUUGUCGACCCAGCUGGGUUUCACGUCCUGAGAAAGCUUCUCUCUGAGCUGUGUAACUGCUUGUGUGUCAGUCUUGAAACUGCAAAAUUAAAGGAUGUUUGAAGACUCCUCAAA